AUGGCUUGUCUCACAAGGACAAGCGUCUUGUGCUUAUUCUUUCUGCUGUUGAGCUCUCACAGCGCGAAGUCUCUUCGUCUGCAUAGCGAGGAGUGCGACCAAGAUCCCCCCUGGUGCUCGAAGGCUCUCGCAGGCGGCGCCUCUCGCCUCGCGCGAGGGACCUUGGCGUUCGGCAUCGCCAGCAUGGCGACGUACCCGCUGCGCAACCUCAACCUGGCUCUGCGACAUGACGGUCAUCUGGAGAGCUUGAGGACAACAGCUGUGGAGCUGUUGGACAAGAGAGGUCGACCGAUCCGAGAGAAGAACGUCAUCAAGACAGUCCGUGUUCCCCUUCCUCUUGCUCAGGUCCUGCCAAGACUGAUGGAAGGAAGUACAAGUAACUGUGUUGCCUCUGCCGUUGGCUUUGGUGUCUGCAUGGCACUGCAUCCGAUUCUUGCAAGGAACCUCGCGUGGCCUGCGAUGAUGCAGAAACAAGGAGUCACCAACACAGUCGGCCAACUCUCGCGUCUGAUGUUGCGAGGAGGGAGUAGGGGCGCCAGCCAGUCUUCGUUCUUCGUUCAGGAUAUAGUCAUCUCUAUCCUCGAGCAGGUUCCCGUCCUUGACUUUUGGAACAUCAUGCGAGCAUCACGGGAGGAGGAGCACACCAACCUGACUUACCUCCUCCUCUACGCGGGCAUCGGAGCUCUCACAACGCCGGGGGAGGUGAGACGGCACAGCAUGGAUGUCGCCUCGCUAUCGUGGUUGCGGAGGGAUGACAAGCGAGUCGCUUCUCCCCCUCCUCCUCCUCUCUUUGACGGCUUCCUCCUCACUGCCGCGAGGUUUGCGCUCCGAGGGAUGUUGACGAUCGGGAGUUUGACGGCUAUGGACGCGAUCGCUCGACCAUCCUCCUCCCUGGGCUCCAUCAUGACGAGGGGAAGGCGAAGGAGGGGAGGAGUGCGAGAGGGAGGACACGUGACUCUCGAAGAGGCGAUGAACUACAAGGUCAACGAUGAGGAGAUUGUCAUUUUUGAUGUUCCGAUGGAUCCUGAGGUUGGUGUCGAUCUAGUGGAAGAAAUCCUGGACCCCAUUGGCAAGAAGCGCUCCAACAGGAAGAGGAGAAGGUCAUGA